AUGGCCGCCACCAGCUUCGUCUUCGCCGUUAACCGCCGCCGCUUUGAGCUCCCCACCGUCGAUCCUUCCACCACUCUGCUCGAGUUUCUCCGGUCCCACACUCCCUUCAAGAGCGUCAAGCUCGGCUGCGGCGAAGGCGGUUGUGGCGCUUGCGUUGUGCUACUCUCAAAGUAUGACCCUGUUCUCAACAAAGUGGAGGAUUUCAGUGUGAAUUCAUGUCUCACAUUACUCUGCAGCGUCAACCGCUGCUCCAUCACGACCUCCGAAGGCCUUGGGAACACCAGAGACGGCUUCCAUUCCAUUCACCAGCGCUUCAGCGGCUUCCACGCUUCUCAGUGCGGCUUCUGUACUCCCGGCAUGUGCGUUUCGCUCUUUUCGGCUCUUGUCAAUGCCCAAAACACCACUGACCGACUUGAGCCCCCUCCCGGCUUCUCCAAGAUGACCGUUUCCCAAGCUGAGAUGGCUAUUGCUGGCAAUCUCUGCCGCUGCACCGGAUAUCGUCCCAUUGCCGAUGCCUGCAAGAGCUUUUCGGCUGAUGUUGACAUUGAGGAUUUGGGGUUUAACUCCUUUUGGAGCAAGGGAGAUAGUAAGGAAGCAAUGGUAGAUAGUUUGCCUCCUUAUAAUCCUCACAGUGAGGUCUGUACAUUUCCUGAGUUUUUGAAGAAUGAGAUCAGGUCCUCGUCGUGUUUGGACCCCAAGAGAUAUGGUUGGUACAGUCCAGCUGGUAUUGAGGAGCUUCAGAGGUUAGUGGAAGCCAAUGCUUCUGGUGAGAGUGUGAAAUUGGUUGUUGGUAAUACCGGGACAGGGUAUUACAAGGAGUUAGCGUGUUAUGACAGAUACAUUGAUCUCAAUUUUGUUCCUGAGCUAUCGAUAAUCAGGAUGGACCGGACGGGGCUCAAUGUAGGAGCAAUUGUAACCAUUACUAAAGUUAUUGAAGCUUUAAAGAAGAAAACCAAAGGUGAGCAUAUGUCAAGAGGCGAGGUCGUGUUUGAACGAAUUGCCAAGCAUAUGGAUAAAAUUGCUUCAGGCUUUAUCAGAAACACAGCUAGUAUAGGAGGGAAUUUGGUUAUGGCACAAAGAAACUACUUUCCUUCAGAUAUUGCAACAAUACUUCUUGCUGUGGAUUCAACAGUGAAUAUAGUGAGUGGUUCUGGAUCUGAAAUCAUUCUGUUGGAAGAGUUUCUGAAAAGAUCCCCAUUGGGUCCCAAAAGUGUACUUGUAAGUAUUAAAAUCCCAAAUUGGGAAGCAGUUACAAAAGUUUCUGUAGGACUCGAUACUAUGUUGCUAUUUGAAACCUAUAGAGCUGCACCGAGACCACUAGGAAAUGCAUUGCCUUAUUUAAAUGCUGCUUUCUUGGCCGAAGUUUCUAAAACUUCUACUGGAUUUAUGGUACAUCACUGCUGUCUGGCUUUUGGUGCUUAUGGAACUAAACAUGCAAUUAGAGCAAGAAAGGUUGAGGACUUUUUAACCGGAAAGACCUUGAGUGCUGGUGUUCUGCAUGAAGCUAUUAAGUUAGUUCGAGCUAUUGUUGUUCCUGAAGAAGGCACUACGAAUCCUGCUUACAGGUCAAGCUUGGCUAGUGGUUUUCUUUUUGAGUUCUUUAGCCCCUUUAUUAACAUUGAUACUGAAAUUUCUGAUGGUUUCGUGGAGAAUAUUUUGUUCCCUACUUCUGAGAUGAAUAAGAACCAACAUUGCAAUGAUGACUUUCCACCUGUUCUAUCAUCAGCUAAACAAGUGGUUAAUUUAAGUACAGACUAUGAUCCGGUCGGCAAGCCAAUUAUAAAAUCUGGAGCGGCCCUCCAAGCGUCAGGUGAGGCUGUGUAUGUAGACGACAUCCCGUCACCAACAAAUUGCUUGCAUGGAGCGUUCAUUUAUAGUACAAAGCCUCUCGUACGGGUUAAGGGAAUAAAUGUCAGAACUAAACCACAGCCAGAUGGAGUUUCUGCUGUCUUAUCUUUUAAAGAUAUCCCCAACGGUGGGGAGAAUGUGGGAUCUAAGACUAUUUUUGGUAGCGAACCUCUUUUUGCUGAUGAUAUUACUCAAUGCGCUGGUCAGCGUCUUGCCUUUGUGGUUGCAGAUACACAGAAACAUGCAGAUUUGGCCGCAAACGCUGCGGAUGUUGAGUAUGAAAUGGAAGAUAUGGAGCCACCAAUCCUAUCUGUAGAGGAGGCCAUUAAGAGGUCUAGUUAUUUUGAGGUCCCUUCUUUCUUAUACCCGAAGCAAGUUGGUGAUAUAUCAAAAGGAAUGGCUAUAGCUGAUCACAAGAUUACAUCUGCUCAGAUCAAACUUGGUUCACAAUAUCAUUUCUACAUGGAGACACAAACUGCUCUUGCUGUACCAGAUGAAGACAACUGUCUAGUGGUUUAUACUUCAAGUCAGUGUCCUCAGUUUUCACACGCAGUCAUCGCAAAGUGUCUUGGCAUUCCUGAAAGUAAUGUCCGUGUAAUUACAAGAAGGGUUGGUGGGGGUUUUGGUGGAAAGGCCGUAAAAUCCAUUCCUGUUGCGACAGCAUGUGCACUUGCAGCACACAAAUUACAUUGCCCGGUCAGGAUAUAUGUCAAUCGCAAGACUGAUAUGAUAAUGGCAGGAGGAAGGCAUCCCAUGAAGAUAAUCUACAGUGUGGGAUUCAAGUCUGAUGGGAAGAUUACAGCUUUACAACUUGAUAUAUUGAUUGAUGCAGGGAUGUCCGCAGAUAUAAGUCCAAUUAUGCCGCGCAAUAUCCUGGGUUCACUUAAGAAGUAUGAUUGGGGUGCUCUGUCUUUUGAUGUAAAGGUAUGCAAAACUAACAAUCCAAGUAGGACUGCAAUGCGAGGUCCUGGGGAGGUGCAAGGGUCAUUUAUUGCUGAAGCUGUAAUUGAACAUGUUGCAUCUACCCUAUCCAUGCAAGUGGAUCAUGUGAGAAAUAUAAAUCUUCACACACAUUGCAGCCUAGAUUUAUUUUAUGAGGACACUGCUGGUGAACCUCUAGAGUAUACUUUACCUUCAAUAUGGGACAAGGUGGCCAUGUCUUCAAGCUUUAACCAAAGGACUGAAUUCGUAGAAGAAUUUAAUAAAUGCAAUACAUGGCGAAAAAGAGGAAUUUCUCGAGUACCUGUAAUACAUCAAGUUUCAUUGAGACCAACUCCAGGGAAAGUGAGCAUUCUAAGCGAUGGUUCUGUUGUUGUUGAAGUUGGAGGGAUUGAACUAGGUCAGGGUCUGUGGACAAAAGUUAAACAGAUGGCUGCUUUCGCUCUUGGUUCCAUUCAAUGUGAUGAUAGUGGCGAUCUUUUGGAUAAAGUACGGGUGGUACAAUCUGAUACAGUGAGCUUAAUUCAAGGAGGAUUUACUGCUGGAAGCACCACAUCUGAGUCAAGUUGCGAGGCAGUUAGGUUAUCAUGUGAUAUUUUGGUUGAGAGGCUAGCUCCCCUCAAGCAACAAUUGCAGGAUCAAAUGGGUUCUAUUAAAUGGGAGAUGCUUAUUGAAAAGGCGUACUUGCAAGCCUUGAACUUAUCAGCAAGUUCUCUCUAUGCCCCGGAAGUUACUUCCAUGGAAUACCUUAACUAUGGUGCUGCAGUAAGUGAGGUUGAGGUAAAUCUUCUGAGUGGAGAAACCAGAAUAUUGCAAUCAGAUAUUAUCUACGAUUGUGGCCAGAGUCUCAACCCUGCUGUGGAUUUAGGACAGAUAGAAGGUGCUUUUGUUCAAGGAAUUGGGUUUUUCAUGCUUGAAGAAUACAUGGAAAAUUCUGAUGGAUUGGUGGUUUCCGAUGGCACAUGGACGUAUAAAAUUCCUUCCAUAGACACUAUACCGAAGCAGUUUAAUGUUGAAGUACUAAAUAGUGGACACCACAGCAAACGUGUUCUCUCUUCAAAAGCUUCUGGUGAGCCUCCGUUACUUCUAGCGGUUUCAGUUCACUGUGCUGCAAGAGCUGCCAUCAAAGAAGCCAGAAAACAGCUUCUUCAAUGGGGAGGCCUGGAUGGGUCUGCUUCCAUGUUCCAGUUGGCCGUUCCAGCUACCAUGCCUGUUGUAAAGGAGUUAUGUGGGCCGGAAAGUGUGGAGAGCUACUUGGAAUGGUUCGCAGGUAGAAACUGAAUGUGACAAAUGUGGAAAUCUUAAGUGCCUCAAAUGUGGAGCAGUGGAGGCUCUCAACUUUUAAACACAUGACCCUACUGAGUUAGGAUAGUACAUAGACGACUCCUUCAUGAAAACAGAAUGAUGCACAGAGUAGUCUAUACAAUUUACACUUGCGGGCUGUUGACCCAAUAUUUUGCAAAUGAUGAAGCUAAAACCAGCCUACUAAAUGUUUUGUUCACUGUAAAGAUUCUGAAAGACUUUGUACAUGUAGGCAUAGCAAAAUUAUAAGGCUCCGUUUGGAGACUGGAAUUGAAUUUAAAUUUGGAUUUCAAAUCAUGUAUUUAUAAUUUAAGAAAUUGAAAUAUCAAUAUUUCAAAUAUAC